AUGGCGGGAGCGGCUUCUCAAACGAGACCUGAGCCGAUGAAUGCGUCGCCGUACCAUUCGAAGGUCAAGGUCACCCUCAGGUUUGCCGACACCCAAUUCAUUGCUGGAGGGAUGGUGACCGGGAAGAUCGAGCUGGAGUGCAAAGCGGAGAAGGGUCUUGGGAUCAGUGUAAUCAUGGUCGAGUUGUUUGGUGUAGAAGAACUCACGUCAAGAGACCAUUCUGCGACAUCCACCUUCCUCCACUCACGGCGAUUAUUCCAAGGGCCAGGUCUCCCUCCCUCCAACUCCGUCCAUCCAUAUCCCGCUCCCGGCGACCCCCCACUACCGUCCCACUACUACCACGCUCGUCGCGGGAUCACGACUUUCCUUUUCCAGAUCCCCCUUCCCGAGACGUCUCCUUCGUCAAUAGACUUCGGCUCCAGCUUGGCCACUCUUCGAUAUGAAGUGCGCGCCAGCGUGGGGGUAUUUUGGAAGGGCGAGAAGAAGCUGGUCACGGACAAGAAGAUGGUGGAUAUCAUAGAGCGGCUUGACGAGCGGCGAAAUAUCGAGUCGGAUGGAGUCAUCGUCGGGGAGAACGGCAAGAUCUGGAUGCAGGGAAGGGUUCUGGGAGGGCUUAUGGUCGCCGGCGAACCGACAUGCAUCGAGCUACAGGUGAAGAACCAUACGACCAAGAAGAAUUCUGGCCUGUCUGUGACGUUGACUCGCGAGCUCUACCUGCCCAACGUUCCUGCCACCCAGAAGCAACCCCUCCAGAUCUCAGAUACCCUGACGUCUGUGUCUUUCAAGGGACCGGAGUAUAUCAUCGGGCCUGGUGUCGAAGGCGUGGCGAACCUAGUGGUAGAUGUGCCGAAAACCGCUCGGGGAGUAAGAGGAGGUAGGAGGUUUGGAGAAGGGAACAAGUCAACCGAAUGUCUCUUCGAGGUGCGAUGUACGGUUGGGAUCAAGCUCGGGAUGGGCAUUGGCAGCAAGGAUAUCUAUCUCAACCUGCCUGCCGCCAUUUGUCACCCUGCCGUGGUUCCCGACUUCCCGCCUCCCGACCUCUACUCCCCCAUGGUCACUGGCGCACCCGUCUUUGAUCCCGCCACGGGCAUGUUUUACCAGCCACCAAUGUCUCCGGGGCCGUACGGUCGCGUCUGGUCCCCGGCGCCGUACCUCGACCGUGCUGUGUCCCCUGUACCGUAUCUCGACCGCGCCAUGAGUCCUUAUCCCUACCAGCCUCCUAUAUCCCCACCCAUCGGGCCUUACGUGGACCACGGACAAGUCUGGUUGCCGCCCCCGACCAUGCCCAGCAUGUACGCUCCGCCUUCCUACUAUGGCCAACACGACCUGUACGCACCUGCGAUCCCCUUCGCUCCUCCCCGCCCAUCCAGCACGGAACCGGCGCCCUCUCGGCCCAUGCACGAGCUCCAGAAUGUGUCAGCAGCAGCACCUCUCAUCCCCAUGCCCACCGGAUCCAACAAUGGGGGAGACCGCGAAGAAGGCAAGGGCGAACGCGCCUCCCGCAUUGCGACCCACCUCCGCAUGUCGUCGCGCGCACGCUCCGCAUCUCCGCCGGCACAUCGCUACCACGUCGCGGAAGCGCAGCCUAUACAUGCCACGAUCCACCCAUCGGCCCUCCACGCGCCCGAUGGUCUGCCGACCGCGCAGGAGGCGUUCGCCAGCCCAAUGUCGUCGCCCGAACUGCACUCCCAGCCGAACCUGAGGCUUUCCCCGUUGCUCACUGGUGGCGAUGUCGUCUCGCCGCGUCCCAUGCUCUCGCCGAAGAUUUCCUUCUCCAAGGACCCCUUUGAAGCGGUGUCGCCCGUGGAGAAUCUCGAACGGCUCGCUGAGACCGCUACUCCCGUGGCUGGCGCCAUGUCGCCUGCGCUGAGUCAACGGAAGUUGAGCGAUGACAAGACUGGUGGCAGCAUGGACAAGACGCUUCCCCGACCUCCCGUCCCCAGCACGAAGGAGUACUUCGCGGUCACUCCCCGGGGCCGUGCCGACACACUCUUUCCGCUCGAUCCGAGUCCUGGGCCAGACCAGACUCCUCCCACUCCCACUCUCGCCGCCGCAAACACUUCGCUACGCCCACCACGCGGAGCCCCAUCAGGUCUGGACGCUCUCGAGGCCCGUCUGCUCGCGGAGGUCGGGACCCGCAAGCCGGAGAAGGCGCGCGCUCCCGACGUGCGCGAGGUGCUCGGCAUGCCGGCUCCCAUUGCCAUCCCUCGGCCGGCUGACGUCGAGCCCCCCGUCGACUCUGCUAUCUCGAGCCUGUCUCUCCCUGGGUUGGACGACGCGCGUACGCUCAAGCGCGCGGGCCUGAGCGACGUCGAGGACGCAGAGAAGGAGAAGGAGCGGGAGAGGGCGCGGGAGCGCACUCUGAGCGGUGACCUCGACCCUGCGCUGUCGUCCCGUGCCCGGGGCAGCAAGGAAACGAUGCGGGCGCGGGAGAGCAAGGAGACGAUGCGCGGGAUGCGGGAGAGCAGGGAGACGAAGAAGGCCGGCGGGUCCGGCGGGGCGCGCCAACGAGAGCGCAAGAAGUCGGCGGCGGCCGAGGAGAACAAGGAGGUGCUCAAGCUGCGGAAGGCUGCUCAAGGCCGCAUCGCUGCAUGGCUGGGGAGCAUCGACCCAGAUGCCCCGCCCCAGAUCCCAACGCCGCCCCUCGAGACGCCGUCGCCCGUGGGUACGCCCGAACUGCAGGACAGGUCGGCGCGCGGACGGUCGAAGUCGGCUGUGGGUCUGGGCUUGGGUGUGAAUGGCGACGCGGACGCCAAGUCACCCGCUCGCAGCCCAGCCGUCAGCCCAGCCCGGAGUGCUCGCAGCGCGCGGAGUGUCAAGGCGACCCCUGAAGCUACUGAAGGGCCUGGGGAGGCGACAACCGAUACCCAGGCUUCGCCUAACCCUCGUUCGUCCGGCUUCUUGCCGAUCGGGACCAUCCGCGCACAGGCCACCGGCAAGGGCGGCCACACUGUCAAGAAGAACCCGUCUCCGUUCGACGCGUUCAAGCUGCCCAAGGCGUCGGAUCGUAUUGGCCUCUACCCGCCUCGUCGCCUCGAUCCCGAGGUCAAGUACGAUAUUCGCUCGGCUCGCGGCGGCAAAGGCGGCAUUGUCACGUCCGUCGCCGCAUUGUGGGCACAAGGUGUGCCAGGCGUCAGCGACAGCAAGAUGGGCGCGACCAAGCCGACACCGAUCAAGCCCUCAGCGAACGCCUCCAAGCUUGCGGAGCAGUGGAAAGUGCGUUCGGGAGGGAUCGAGAGCAAGCCCGCCACGAGACCCAAACCUGCUGGUCUUGUCGAUGCCCGUCCCAAGGCCAUGCGACCGACCACAAAGGCAGCGCAGUCCUCACCCGCUGUGACGUCGCCUUCCUCGGAUCCUAUGUCGACCUCUUUCGGAGAUCUCACAGCCAAGCGUGCGAGGAUGGUGAAGGCCACCCCUGCCAUUGCUUCCGUGUCUUCUUCUAUGGCUACACCUACUCUCUCGUCUACCGCAUCUCUGGCCCGUCCCAUCGCUGCGCGCGCCGAACGCGCCAAGCUCAACAUGAAGCUCCCUCCGACCAUUGCUGAGGCCGUCGCUGAAGCCCGGCUGGGUGCAAAGUCUCCUCCGAACUCCGCGCCCGAUACGCCCAAACCACCGUCGUCCCUACCAGCCAAGGCAGACCUCGCUUUUGGUCAGGCACGACUCCGCGAGCUGAUCAAGCGAUACCAAGGACAAGUGAACUCGUAA